AUGGAUAAAACAGUGGCGAAUUGGUUAAAAGAAUUCCAAGAGAACUACCCUUUGCCACCACCAGACGGUGAAGCGGAAGCCACAGGUUGGACUCUUACAAUUCAAGAAUUACAAGAUUUUUCAUUAUCAAGAGAAUUGCAAAGUGUUCCAGAUACAACAACAUAUGGUAUGAAAAUAUAUGUAUCAGUAUUCAAUACAAAAACCGGACUUUUUCAUGGAAGAACAUGGAGUUCUCCACUUCUUACAAAUACAUCUACAAGUGUGAUUAAUUUAACAACGCAUGGAUUGCUAUAUGGCAAAGAAUGCCUUAUAAUCAUCGAAUUUUCGUUUGUUAUCAGAUACUUUAGCAAUGAAACUUCUGAAAAAUCACUUUUCUUCACAGUUUUAUAUCCAUUUUCAAGCUCACAACACAUAUGCCCAUUAUUCACAGGAUCACCUAGAUUUUUACUUCAAAACCCUAAAGACUUCGCUCAAUUCUUAAAUAACAGACCUGGUCAAUUAUUGAUCGAAUUACAGCAGAAUAACGAUUUACUUAGAGCCAAACAGUUUAUUCCGUUAUGCUCAUUCAUGCAGUAUCCUCCUCCUGGCGUUAUUAAACUCGCUCCACUUUCAUUGAAUAAUAUUUUCCCAAUUAACAUAUCAGACAUUAGUUUAGUUGUUGAUCCAAACUUUGAAAUGCGUGUUAAGCAAGGAUUCGAGCAACUCUUUUCCAAAAAAUACAAAGUUCCAGCAGAAGAUUUAUUACUUCGCGCAAACAAAUAUAUCAUUCAAAUUGUUGCUCACAAUGGAUACACACAACUUCAAGAACCAUACAGAAUCGAGUUACAACCGAAGAGCUAUUGGAAAUACGAUGGACAACUUACAUUUAAAAAUUUUGUCAACGAUAAUCGCUUUGCAUUGUUGUUUUUGUUCAUUAUCAACAUAGAAUUCAAUGCAGAAGGCUUCAAUAAGCCUGAUUCAACAAACCAAUACCCAAAGAAACAGUUACUUGAAAUUCCAAUCGGAUAUUCAAUUACAAUUCCAACAAAAGACCAAACAGUUACCUUAAAAUGGUUCCAAGAAGCUAGAUUGUGUCCUCUUUGUUCAAGAGUUUGUCGUGUUGUUGAGAAUUUGCCUCCAUUAACUUAUGACGUCAAUUACAGCCCAAUAAGUGGCAAAGCCAAUGAUAUUAACAACCUUCCUGUUGAAUUUAAGACCAUUAUUGGUGCAGAUGGUGGCAGUUUGUCUCCUUUUGACCCAAUUAAUUCAGCAGUUACUCCUUUAUUAGCGGAAGAGCUUCUUGAUAAGCUUAACGGUAACCAUAUACGUAUAAUGAUUAAGUUCCUUGUUGCGCGACCUGAUUUUACAGAAAGAUUUCCGAUAUCUUCUUUUCCAAAAGUAUAUUUCGAAGCAGAUGUAUGGCAAACAACCACAACAAGGAUACCAGACUGCGAUAUGGAAAUCCUUGAUGAGAAUAUCUACUGUUUCGAUGAGAAACAAUCAAAGGAUGGCAAAAAAGGAACAAUGUUAAAUUUAGAUUUCAAAUUACCAACGGUUGACCACGUUACAAACUACUUUUUGUUAAUGAAAUCUAAUGAAUUACAAGUCCAAAUGAAGGAUGAAGCCUCAAACAUGGUUAUUGGCCGAUUUACAAUUCCAUCAUCAGCAUUAUUAAGACAAAGGAAGCAAAGUCUUCAAUUUCCAGCUUAUUCCAACAUAAUAAGUGAUGAUGGAGAACAUCUAGGCAUGAUAUACUUCGUUUGUGGCAAUUUCGGAACAAAUGAAGGUGAAAUUGACAAAAAUUUGUUCGAACAAAGGAACAGAAUCGAAAAUGGACUGAUUGUAGCGGAGUCAAUGAUGAAGACUGACCAAGAGUUUAGAGAAUUAGUGCUAAAGAGCAUGCAGGAGCCAUUAGAACUCGCAAUGAAGUACAGAGAUGGAAAGAGAAAACAAAUUAUUUUGAAUGAUAUGCAGAAAAGAUUUUUACGUACAAAAAAGAUAUUCCCAGUACCAGGCGUUGAGUUUAAAUUCACUUUUGAGUCGAAUUUCGACCCGAGUGAAAAUAUGGAUAUCAGGAUUUCAAUUGAUGAUGAAAGAAUCAGGUUUUUAGGCUUAACAAAACAUGAUUCUCCAAUUGAUGACCUCGAAUCCAGAUAUAUUCCAUUGAGAAAUACGGAUAUGAAAUUAAUUCAAUCCCAAAACUUGUCAACUCUUGAGAUAUUCAGUCUCAUUCACUACGGGUCAGAUACUAUAUCUGUUGUAGAGGGUCAGAAAAUCUCUCUUGACUUCUCUUUCUUCACUGUUCAGUCAAUAACAAAUAAGGAAAUCACUGUGACACUUUUGGACAAAGAUAACGAAGUUUGUGAUAUCUUUACUGUCAAAAUUAUUGCAUCGGGAGAUGUUGCACAUGAAACAAUUACCAAAUAUAUCAAGAAAGGAUCAUGUUUGACAGCAACUUUGUCAACAUCUCUUUCAUUGAAAGAUGCAAUUUCGGCAAAUGAUCUGAUAACUGCUGAAAACUCAACAAGUGGCGUGCGCUUGUCAAGUUCUCCUAUAGAUGAGGACAUUACAACCUUGGUUUUCAUGUUUGGAGAAGAUGGAUCUCUUGUUAAGGUUUGUAAAGUCAUUAUUCUAUUAACUCCUUCGGAAGUAUUGACAGCAGGAAGUCGCCUCAAGGUCGUUUUGAAGCAUAUUAUUGGAAAUACAAUUAUAUGCAGAUCAAAUAACUCCAGAAUUGCACAGUUUACAUCACAUUUGACUCCAACAGUUCUUUCUCCACCAGGAGAAGUAACUGCUAUUGCAAUUAAUGGAGGAACAGCAUUAUUAACUAUAUUUGACUUGACAAAUAAGCAAUUGAUAAGGAAUAUAGUUGUGUCUAUUGGUGCUGGACGUGGUGAUGCUGAACAAAAGUGUCUUGACAAAAUCCAAAUUAAUCUUCCUGUUUCUACUUUGGUUAAAAGAGCUGUUGUUUAUAAGAAUAAUACAAACUCAACUAAACAUGUGACAUUAACCACUUCUCACCCUGAUUUGGUCACAUUUGAUCCACUUUCAUAUGAUAUUUCACCAGGCGAGACAACUAGAUUCAAAAUACAUUUCUUGCCGCAUGGAAAGGCAGAAUCUGUUGCUCUUUAUGUGUUCUUGCAAGAAAGAAGAUCAAAUAAGAGAGCUCAAGAAUAUUAUAGAUUUGCUAUUAAAUAUGAAUAA